AUGCUCCUGUUGCUCAUCCCCGUACUGGGGAUGAUUUUUGUCCUGAGAGAUGUCAGUGCCCAGUCAGUGACCCAGCCUGACGGCCACGUCACUGUCUCUGAAGGAUACUCCCUGGAGUUGAGAUGCAACUAUUCCUAUGGUGGAGCUUUUUAUCUCUUCUGGUAUGUCCAGUUCCCUGGCCAAGGCCUCCAGCUUCUCCUCAGAUACCUUUCAGGAGACACCUUGGUUAAAGGCAUCAAAGGCUUUGAGGCUGAACUUAGGAAGAGUGAAUCUUCCUUCAACCUGAGGAAACCCUUUGUGCACUGGAGUGACGCGGCUGAGUACUUCUGUGCUCUGAGUGCCACAGUGCCUGGGACUGCAGGGGGAGCUGAACACAAACUUCAUGAUUUCACAGUUGGAAUAUUAGAAAUUGAUUCUCAUCUGUUUAACAUUGAUAUAAGAGGAAGCCAUGGAGACUCAGUGACCCAGACAGAUGGCCAAAUGCUCCUCACUGAAGGGGAUUCUCUGAUUGUGAACUGCUCCUAUGAAACCAGGCAGUACCCUGCUCUUUUCUGGUAUGUCCAAUAUCCAGGCGAAGGUCUACAGCUCCUCCUGAAAGCUGCGAAGGCCAAUGAUAAGGGAAUCAACAAAGGUUUUGAAGCCACAUAUAAUAGAGAAACCACCUCCUUCCACUUGGAGAAAGCCUCAGUCCACGUGUCAGAUUCAGCUGUGUAUUACUGUGCUCUGAGUGACACAGUGACAGGAACUGCAGGGGGAGCUGAGCACAAACUCUGA